GAAUUUGGUCAUCCUUGACAUCAUAUAAAUCGGCCCCAUCACCCACUACUGGGAUAGUGCAUAACGAGUCUGUUUUUAUAUUCAUACUACUGGUCUAGCUCUCUUGGAUGGGUUCAUUCACGAAGAUGAACACUGUUGGGAGGGACACUGAAGCUAAAUAUGAAUGCUUACUUUUCGACAUGGAUGAUACUCUAUACCCCUUGAGUCUAGGUGUUAACUUAGCAUGCCGCAACAAUAUUGAAGAAUUCAUGCUACAAUAUCUUAAUAUUGAAGAAAGUGAAGUAUCAAGGAUGUGCUUGGAAUUAUACAGGGAAUAUGGAACAACAAUGGCUGGUUUAAAGGCUCUUGGCUAUGAAUUCUACGACGACGAAUUUCAUGCGUACGUUCAUGGAAGAUUGCCAUAUGAAAAACUUAGGCCUGAUCCUGUGUUAAGAAACCUGCUAUCAUCCCUGCCACAUCGGAAAAUAAUUUUCACGAAUGCUGAUAAGGCGCAUGCACAACAAGUUCUGAAAAGGUUGGGUUUAGAAGAUUGUUUUGAAGGCAUCAUAUGCUUUGAAACUCUUAACCCUCCCCUUGAACCAGCUGAUAUAACUGAUGUCGGUAGCGUCUGUUCCAAGCCACCAAUUCUCUGUAAACCCUCACCGGAAGCUUUUAAAGCCGCUAUUCGGAUUACAAAUGUGGACCCGAAGAAAACGAUUUUCUUCGAUGAUAGUGCUCGAAACAUUGCAAGUGCAAAAGAGGCAGGGCUUCACACGGUUAUUGUCGGGAGGUCGGUCCUUGUGCCCGGGGCAGAUUAUGCCUUGAGUAGCAUCCAUAAUAUCAAAGAAGCAAUACCGGAGAUAUGGGACGGUGAAGAGGAGCAGAUGGAGCAAGUUAUCCAAUCUUCUGCAAUGGAAACCGUGGUCCUGGCAUAGAUUUCGCUUCAAAGUGGAAUAUUACUGAUUUUCAAGGGAAGCUGUGCUUGUCAUAUAAUGUACACGGGGAAUUGUUUCUAUUAAGCUUAUAAUA